GGGAUUUCUUCCUCUGAGUCCCCUCCAGUCUGUGCUGCUCUCCUGUGUUACCCAUACCGGAAAUUGACUGUGCUUCGGUGAAAAAGUGGUACUUUAAUAACUAAGCAGAAAUGGCACCAAAGAAGGACCCUAAAGCUCCUGCCAAGAAGGCCGAACCUGCACCUGCACCAGCACCAGCACCUGCUCCAGAGCCAGCGCCCGCUCCUGCAGCUCCUGCUGUUGACCUGUCCGCCGUCAAGAUUGAAUUCAGCGCAGACCAGGUUGAGGACUACAGAGAGGCCUUCGGGUUGUUCGACAGGGUGGGUGACAACAAGGUGGCAUACAACCAGAUCGCUGACAUCAUGCGUGCUCUGGGACAGAACCCCACCAACAAGGAUGUCACCAAACUGCUGGGGAAUCCCUCAGCUGAAGACAUGGCCAGCAAGAGAGUAGAAUUUGAAGCUUUCUUGCCCAUGCUUCAGACCAUCAUCAACAGCCCAAAUAAGGCUGGAUUUGAGGAUUACGUUGAGGGUCUUCGUGUCUUUGACAAGGAGGGCAAUGGCACAGUCAUGGGCGCUGAGCUGCGCAUAGUCCUUUCAACACUGGGAGAGAAGAUGAAUGAGGCAGAAAUCGAUGCCCUCAUGGCAGGACAGGAAGAUGAGAGUGGCUGUGUAAACUAUGAGGCCUUUGUCAAGCACGUCAUGUCUGUGUAAGGACCCUGCCACUGUGGUGGUAAACAUCGACUAGUGCAGACCCCAUGGUGUCGCGACAUCCACUCGCUGUUUCCUGAAUCAUCUUGGAAGCAGGGGGAACAAUGGACUAAGAGAUGUCAUUUCUUGAACCCUGUUUUGUUAAAUCAUAUUUUUUUUUCUCUCUUUUGUCCAAAUGGUGCUUUAUUUUAUUUUUUUCCGCCCUUCUGUCUCUUUCUCCUCCUGCCACUUGGAAAGCAACGAUUGCAAAGGAGGUGCUUCUUCCUUCAUCUUCAUCCUGGUCCCGUGGUCUCAUUGGGGUUUUGUUAUUACAGAGGAGCAGUGAUGGAAGGGGAGGUGGAGUACCGAUGACCAUUUCCUCCCAAGUGUUGUUUAUUUGGCUGUCUAGCUGCCAUGUCAGCGACAGGUUUGGCCCAGGUCUGGCCAUCAAAAUCAAUCCACCUUUUGCUCGAUCCAUCCCUGAGUCUUAAGCUAUUCUAUUCUCUGCCAUUUCACAAUAAACUUUUCACACUCCCAUUA